AUGUCGCAAACAACUGCUAACGCGCAAAUAACUGCUAGUACGCAAACAACUGCUAGUGCGCAAACAACUGCUAGUGCACAACCAACUGCUAGUGCACAACCAACUGCUAGUGACUCAUUAGAAGGUUUUGGUUCAAAGAGUAUAAAUGCUCAAUCGAAAAAAUUUUCUGAACGUGUUAAUAAAGGAAAGAUCGAAGAAACACUAAAUUCACAAUUAGCGCCGUUUGAUAACUUAGAUAGCCCGAUGACCAAAGAAUUUAAAAUCAAUGUUUUACCUGAUCAACAAAUGGAUUCAUAUCGAUAUAUGGAUCAAUCUCUUAGAGAGAAAUAUGAAGUUUUGUUAGAACGAUUUGAAACGUUUGCAGAAACAUUAAAAGAAGAAUGUAAGAUUGAUGAAAUAACUGACCCAUCAUCUUUAACGCAAAAUGAGAUAAUAACAAUAGGUAGAAUAUGGUGUGAUUCCGAAGGAAAGCUUAACCCGGAAUCUGUAUUAUUUGAAACGCUACCAUAUUUUGGAGGGAAUUGGAUUAAAUUGUCAUUGAAUGAACUUUCAACAUUCAGUUUAUUUCCAGGACAGAUUUUAGGAAUUCAAGGAAACAAUAAAAUACAUGAUGUGCUUAAUGUAAAUGAAGUUCUUGAAGCAGAAUUUAUUGUGACUAAAAUUUUUGAGAUGCCACUGUUACCAAUGUAUCGCACCCCUGCUAGUGAAAUCAUUGAUCACAAUAAAAAUUUAAACGGAAAACCGUUAAGUGUGGUGGUUGCAGCCGGACCAUAUUCAUUGGAAACAGGAUUUGAAUAUGAACCAUUACGCGAAUUGAUAAGAAAGAUGACAGAGGAAAAACCAGAUAUCUUAAUUUUGAUGGGACCAUUUGUCGAUGAAGAUCAUCCUAUGAUACAAAGUGGAGAGGUGUUAAAUACACCUGGGGAACUCUUUAGAAAAUUUAUUACGUUUCCAUUGGCUGCAUUCAUCAAAUCCUCACCGAAAACAAAGAUUAUUAUGAUUCCCAGUACGAAAGAUAUAUGUCAUGAAUGUCUGUCAUUUCCUCAACCACCUUUGGACAAAGCAGGAUUGCCCAAGGAAGUUAUUUGCUUGUGUAAUCCGGUUCAAUUUCGGAUAAAUGAAAUGUUAUUUGCUAUUAGCAAUGUUGAUCUCCUAUUUCAUCUUAAUAGGGAUGAAACAGGAAGGGUCCCAAGUGGAACAGAUCGUAUGUCCAGAAUGUUUAUGUAUCAUGUUGGAUUUAGUCUUUAUCCAUUAUUUCCACCAGCUAUUGGUGAAGUAAAUAUGGAUUUGAAGCAUAUAACAAGUUUAGAAUUAAAGUCUACACCUGAUGUUCUCUUACUUCCUUCCAAAUUGAAAUUUUUUGCUAAAAUUAUUGAUCAAGUUGUUUGUAUUAAUCCUGGGUACCUUUGCAAGAGCCAUGCGGGUGGAACAUAUGCGAAAAUGACCAUUCAUCCAUUUCCACGCAAUUUAGAGCAAGAGACUGAGACGGAAAAUCUUGUUUAUCAAAGAACGAGA